UAUGCAGUCUGAACCAAGCCAAUUACUCACGAAACUUUCAUAAACGAUUGCAACGCACCGAACGUAUAAUUCCGGAAUUAAAAUACACGCGCGUUUUAACCCUACCUAACCUAGCUGCAAUUCCUAACCUGACUUUAAAGACGCCAAUGGUGCAGGACGGAAUUUGAAGUCUGUUGUGACACGAAGAAUAAUUUGAUGUUUUGAAAAAGAAAGUAUUUCAUGUAAUUACGCGUGCUUACAUUUCUAUAUAUCUAAACAAAACAAAAAACUUGUAAGAGAUCUCUAUUUUCAUACAGUGAAUAAUAAUGGAAAUAGAAUGUGAAGAAACCGUUGUUAAAUUACCUAUAACGGCACAUGAAACUUUAAAUAAAAAUAAUGAAAUGAUCGAAGACGAUGCAAAAAGCGAAACCAGUGAGACCAGUCAAGUGCAAUCGAAUUUAUUCGUUCAGCCCAAAGACCCACAGGAUCCAAUAAAUACAGAAACUUAUUUAGAAUCUAGUGUAAUGUCAAACAAAACUGACUUGCCCAUUUCUUCACAAUCAUAUGUAACAAGUGAUACUUUACCAGAGCAAAUAAUAAAUCUUGAGAUAUCAGAGCAAACAGGAGACAAUGAAGCUGCCAAUGUCACAGAGCCAAGAAACGUGAAUUCAGAAGAUGCUGAUUCAACAGAUUCUACUUGUGUCUUUAAAUACAACUGGUCCAUGGCACCGAGAAGUCUAUGUGUAGCUACCAAGGAAUACCAAUCCACAAAUUUGUAUGAGAAUUUUACAAAAGGUUGCCAGUGGUCCCCAGAUGGAACAUGCUUACUUGUACCAUCAGAAGAUUUCAGGAUACGCAUUUACGAGCUUCCUAGAGAAGUGUACUCUGGUCAGAUUCCAUCUGAUUUUGUACAAACCAAUUUUACAGCUGCUUUGACUGUAAAAGAAGGUGGCCUCAUAUACGAUACUUGCUGGUAUCCCUUUAUGAAUUCGUGGGAGCCUGUGACAUGUUGCUUUCUUAGUACCAGUAGAGAGAGUCCUAUUCACCUGUGGGAUGCAUUUACAGGAGAAUUACGUGCGACGUACCGAGCUUACAAUCAAGUUGAUGAAGUAGAUGCAUCUAUUAGCGUUCAAUUCGUGAAUUCAGGAAAGGAGAUAUGGUGUGGUUUUAAGAAUACUGUGAGAACCUUUGACACAGAUCGUCCAGGACGUCAAACAAGCGAUAUUCAGUUUAAACAGGAUUUUCCAAAUAUGAUAGGAUUAGUGUCGUGUAUUCGUGAAAAUCCAAUAAUGCCAGGCCUAGUUGCCUUCGGCACAUAUUCUAAAUGUAUCGGCUUGUAUAAAGAUGGACCAUUGUGCACUUUUAAGACUGGGAGUGGUGUAACACAAAUUGAAUUUAGCCCUUGUGGAAUGAAAUUGUUUUCUGUUGUCCGAAAAAAUAGUGAAUUCUUAUGUUGGGACCUUCGUAAUCCUGGAAAUGUUCUUUAUUCCCUUGAAGGAAGGCAAUCAGAUACAAAUCAAAGAAUACAAUUUGCUAGUACACCUGACAGUAAACAAAUAAUUUCUGGUGGUGUUGAUGGAUAUAUUACUGUUUGGGAAUUACCAGAAAUUAUAAAUUAUGAUGAAGAGGGCUUGAGUCCCAAAUAUAAAAUAAGGUUGUCCAAAGAUUGUAUAAAUGGAAUAAGUUUGCACACAAGCUUACCUAUAAUAGCAACUAGUUCCGGACAGAGGCAAUGUGGUAUGGAAAAUAAAUGUAGAGAUAAUAGCGUGAGAUUAUGGUGGGCCUCUUGAUAACAUAGCUUUAGACUAUUAUUUUCUUUCGACUUACACAUGGAUAGUGCGUUAAACAGAAUAAAAACAAAACUGUAAAUACUUAA